CCACCGUUGCCAGUUUUAUAUCUAGCGUGAGAAAGCUCACGAGUUCUAGAGAGAGAGAGAGGAGUUGGAGUAGAAGAGCAAGUUUUGGUGGAUCUAGAUCCUGCCCUGUGCAGCCAUGGCGGGAGGGUCUGUCGUAUUCAAAUUAUGGAUCUGUGUCUCUGCUUUGCUCUUCCUCAAUGGUCAUUGCUUUUAUCUCCCUGGUGUCGCCCCUGAGGAUUUCCUUAUGGGAGAUGAAUUGAAGGUGAAAGUGAACAAACUGACUUCUACAAAAACACAACUUCCUUAUUCAUACUAUUCCCUCCCUUACUGUCAUCCAAAGCAAAUAGUUGAUAGUGCUGAAAAUCUUGGGGAAGUUCUCCGUGGUGAUCGCAUUGAAAACUCUCCUUAUGUGUUUAAAAUGAGAGAACCACAAAUGUGCAAAAUUUUAUGCCGAAUUACACUUGAUGCAAAAACUGCAAAGGAGUUCAAGGAAAAGAUAGAUGAUGAAUAUCGGGUGAACAUGAUUUUGGACAAUCUUCCACUUGUCUUCCCCAUUCCAAGGCUUGAUCAGGAAAAUUCCUUGGUGUAUCAACAUGGAUUUCAUGUUGGUCUCAGAGGACAAUAUGCUGGAAGCAAAGAGCAAAAACAUUUUAUUCACAAUCACUUGGCAUUUACUGUCAAAUUUCACAAAGAUGCUCAGACAGAUUCUGCCAGGAUUGUUGGAUUUGAAGUAAAACCAUUCAGUGUUAAGCAUGAGUUUGAAGGUGAGUGGAAGAAUGAGAAUACACGUUUAACGACCUGCGAUCCCCAUGCAAAACGAUUGGUCACCAACUCUGAAACUCCUCAAGAGGUGGAGGAUAAGAAGGACAUAAUUUUUACAUAUGAUGUUGAGUUCCAGGAAAGUAAUGUAAAGUGGGCAUCUCGGUGGGAUACCUAUCUUCUGAUGGCUGAUGAUCAGAUUCACUGGUUUUCAAUUGUCAACUCAUUGAUGAUUGUCCUUUUCCUUUCUGGGAUGGUGGCUAUGAUUAUGUUACGGACACUUUACCGGGAUAUCUCUAAAUACAAUCAAUUAGAGACCCAAGAAGAAGCCCAAGAAGAGACUGGGUGGAAAUUGGUCCAUGGGGAUGUUUUCAGGCCCCCAUCAAAUUCAGACUUACUCUGUGUCUAUGUUGGGACAGGGGUUCAGUUUUUUGGGAUGAUUCUUGUUACCAUGAUCUUUGCGGCCCUUGGUUUCCUCUCCCCUUCAAACCGAGGUGGGUUGAUGACAGCCAUGCUCAUACUCUGGGUAUUUAUGGGCCUGUUUGCUGGAUACUCUUCAGCUCGUCUCUAUAAGUUGUUCAAGGGAACAGAAUGGAAGAAAAUGACCCUCAAAACAGCCUUCAUGUUUCCUGCAGUAGUCUUUGCCAUUUUCUUUGUAUUGAAUGCUUUAAUAUGGGGUGAGAAAUCCUCUGGGGCAGUGCCAUUCGGAACCAUGUUUGCACUGGUAUUUUUAUGGUUUGGUAUCUCAGUUCCACUUGUCUUUGUUGGUAGUUAUAUUGGAUUCAAGAAGCCAGCAAUCGAGGAUCCAGUGAAAACUAAUAAGAUACUGAGGCAGAUUCCAGAACAGGCCUGGUACAUGAACCCAGUCUUCUCUAUCCUUAUUGGAGGCAUUCUCCCAUUUGGCGCUGUGUUCAUUGAGCUCUUCUUCAUCCUUACCUCGAUAUGGUUGCAUCAAUUCUACUACAUUUUUGGUUUCUUAUUCAUUGUCUUCAUCAUCCUGAUAAUCACUUGUGCUGAGAUCACAAUUGUUCUAUGCUACUUCCAGCUAUGCAGUGAGGACUACCUCUGGUGGUGGAGGUCAUACCUGACUUCAGGUUCCUCCGCCCUUUAUCUGUUCCUUUAUGCUGCUUUCUACUUCUUCACAAAGCUUGAAAUUACAAAGCCAGUGUCUGGUAUGCUAUACUUUGGGUACAUGCUGAUAGUCUCAUAUGCUUUCUUCGUGCUGACUGGUACGAUCGGCUUUUACGCAUGCUUCUGGUUUACGAGGCUCAUCUACUCAUCAGUGAAAAUUGAUUGAUCCAUUGAUCCUUGCUUUUUCUGAAUGAGACGGUCAAUUUGUUUCCACAUGAUAACGCGCAUAUUGUUUGGACAGGGUUGAUACCUCAAGAACUACCAUUCAGGUUCAGUUUUGAAUUGUUAAAUCAUAGGAAUUUAUUUUUUUGUUUUUAGCCUUUAUCAUACAGGUUCUAUGGUAGGAUUAGUUCUUUUUACGGUUUACUUUUUUUUCACGUUCAACUGUUUUGUAUGGUGACAUUUGAGGGAAUUGUGGAGCAGCCGCCCUGUCCUCUAUUCUAGAAAUGAAAAACAAUUCUUGUAUUAUUGGUGC